CAACAUCAAACAUGUUCCAACAAAAAUACGUGGAGGUGCUUGCGCUGUUCUCGCAUUCUUGCAGUGCCCUUGCAGUCAAUCGUUUUCACUGGGAUCAAGGAUGUGUGUAUUGUGUGCAAUUCAGCAUGGAACCUUGCUUUACAAAGCCAAACUUCUCCCAGGGAGCCAAGCUCGAUGCCAAAGCAGAUCUUUCGGAAGCCGCAAAGGCCCGAGGCAUUGACUUCUUCCUGGUUGCCUUCGUCGACCUGCGAGGUGUCUUGAGAACGAAGAUGGUUCCAGCCAGCGCUAUCAAGCAGAUUCAACGUGAUGGAGCAGGAUUUGCCCCAGCGGCAACGUGGUUGGAUUUUGGACCUCACGCUGCAGAUCUUUUGGUCAUUCCGGAUGCUAGCACUUUGCUUCAAGUACCUUUCAGCCCUGAGCUGGCCAUUGUGAUGGGAGAUUGUUUCAUUGAAGGGAAGGAAGUGGCGCAGUCACCACGUGCAGUUCUCAAGGCGCAGGUAGCUGAAGCAAAGAAGCGUGGCUACGUCUUCAAAUCCGGCGUAGAGGCAGAAUUUUUUCUCUUGUCCGACAAGGAUGCAAUUUCUGAUUCCAGGGACACACAGAGCAAGCCCUGCUACGAUGCACAGUCGAUGAUGAGAAGAUAUGCUCUCUUGGCCGACAUCGUGAAGACGUUAAACGCGAGCGGUUUUGGCGUUUACCAAACAGACCAUGAAGACGCCAAUGGCCAGUUUGAGAUCAACUGGCACUACCAGGAUUGUCUCACAACAGCAGAUCAGCAUGUAUUCUUCAAAUGGGCUGUCAAGACCUUGUCUGAGCGCCAUGGCUUCCGCGCCACGUUUAUGCCCAGACCCUUCAGCAAUCUGAGCGGCAACGGAUGUCACAUCCACUGUUCCCUCUGGGCGGGGGACAAGAACGUUUUUGAGGCCUCUGACACCAUCUCUGAUUUAGCGCUACAAUUUCUGGGCGGCGUGCUUGCGAAAGCACCUAGCUAUUGCGCAAUAACGAAUCCAACGGUGAACUCCUUCAAGCGGCUAAACGGUGCCGCAACUGCUUCUGGUUACACCUGGUCUCCGAACCGCGUGUCGUGGAGCGGCAACAAUCGCAGUCACAUGGUACGUGUUCCAGACAACGACCGCUUUGAGCUGCGAUUGGCGGAUGGAGCGGUGAACCCAUACUUGCUCCCAGCCGUGAUGCUCGCUUGCGGUUUCUGGGGCAUCGACACAAAGGCUAACCCGCACAAGUGCCUCUUCCCAGCAGACGUGAACAUGUAUGAAAUUCCAGAUGGCUCGCCGAAGCUCGAAGGUAUCGCAUCCCUGCCAAGGAACCUUUUGGACGCCACACGAGCUUUGGAAAGCGACGAGCACUUGACAGCUUUGCUCGGAGCAGAUUUUUUGAGAGCAUUUGUGAAGCUGCAGAAGCUGGAAUGGACUGAGUUUACCGCUCAUCUCUCAAAUUGGGAGGUCUCACAGCUCUCCGUGCACCGGCUGCAGCUCCUGGGUCGUCAGCGUCUGUGAAGCCGGAGCCGGAAGCGCUCAGGUUGCUCUCAAAAAGUAUUAUGAUUGUCACGCAUUGGAGUAGGUGGUAGAGUGUUUUUGUCAAUGACUGUGCAAGGAGCAGCUUUCGGCUGCUGUUUGACCAAGCAGUCGUUUGCAGGAUUGUGAAUUGCUGCUGCAUUAGCGCCAGCAUGUCGAAGCAA